CUUGAUCGUCACUUAAGUGGGGGCACGACCGGCAGCGACGUUUGUUCUCAGCGCACGCAAAACCAAAACAGUUCCUUCACAGUCGUGCGCAAGCGAUAACAAGGCAUGGAGAGCGCUGAUUUGGUGGAGUGUGUGUUCGAAGCGGUAAGCACCGGUGAUGCCGACCUUUUGGCAGGAUGCAUCGGCCAGCUGACCAUCGGUACCGUGCUGGAGUUUGAGCGUCUGUACGGGGAAAGCCCGCUGCAUCUGUGCGUGAAGCUUGGUGGCAUGAGUCAUCUGCCAGUGGUGCGUGGCCUGCUCGCGAGUGGCCUGUUUGAUAGUGCCGCCGUCGACGGGGACGGACGAACGAUGCUCGAGUGUGCCCAGGCAGGUGAAGAUCGCGAGCUGCUCGAGGCGCUGAUAAAGAUAACGACCGAAGGGUUGGAUGAUGCAACCGCUUGCUACCGUGUGCUGAGACACGAUUCGUUGGAGAUAUUCAAAGCGUACCUGGCGGUGAGACAGUUGACGGAGGAGGAAGAAUUUCAACACAUCUCGUGUGCGUUAGUUCAACUAAAUGCGAAAAACGUUAAACUCUCGGAAGAUCUGCACAUCUACACGCUGUGGAAGCUGUCCGACUAUGGCUUCCGACACCUGGCCGGCAAUUGGCCGGGCACGAAAGACCCCAACGAAUGGAAGCAGCACAUCGAACUCGUGCGGGAGUGUUGGGAAGAUAUUGCAAAGCAUCACGACACUGGGCUGUACGCGGACGUUGACGAUCCGUUUCUGCACCGGCUGCAAACCCUGCACAACCAUCUCUAUCUACUCAAGCACAAACAAUUCCUCGCUUAUCUUCCGCUUCAGGAGGCAAUCUUUUGUGUGGCCAUUUUCCUAUCCAUCUAUCGAAAUCCGGGCCAAUUUCGGGAGUAUCGGCUGAUGGUGAACAAAUGUCUCGUGAUCGAGUUUGCGCGCAUGGUGAGCCGACAGCUGACGCUGGUGAAGAUGUAUCUCGAGCGAACGGAGCAGGAUUUGCUGGAGAUUGUGCAGAGUGUUGAGGGGAAAGAUGCCACAGCGAAGAGUGCGCUGAUUGAGGAAUUGUUGGGAAAAAUUGGAGAAUCGCAUCUGCCCAACAAAGAGCACGUGGUGAGGCAGCUGCGUGAGCGGGCAGACACGAUCGGUUCCUCCAAUAAGGACGCUCUGAUUAAAGAUUUAAUGGACAAGCUAAAACGCAUCGAUAAACCUUGGACCGAGGCAAAACUGAACCAACUAAAAGCGCUCGAAAAAAACACCAAAGAGCAUCUGAUUGAGCAAAUACGCAGACGGCUACGCCACGUGUCCCACCCACAGAACGUGGCGAACCGUUUGAUGGGCGACUGGAAGAAGGGCAAAGCUACCGGCCCCAUCGUAGCCGACCUCAUCGCGGGCGAAUCGUUCGAUCUCAGCCACCUCAUGCGCCCCGAUCGCACCAUCCGCCGCAAGCUGAUCAAGUGUUACGUCGCCACCAAGCAGCACUACUCGCUGCACAAGAUCGUGUACUACUGCGAGCAGAUGGCCGGCACGGCACGGCGCCGUGUCACCGCCCCGACCACCUUCGCCGACAUCGCGUGCAUGAAGCGCACCGUCCAGGUGCUCGGGGAAGCGAUCAAAAACACGACCAACUCGGCCAACCUGCCCGGCAAGGCACAGGGCGCGGUCGACUCCAUGCUAACGGCCCUCUUCCCCGACAUGAACAAGCAGCUGCGGGAGGUGUUUUCGCACAGCAUUUCGCUGAAGAAGCUUCUGGUGGGUGAUGGCAACGAUCGGCGGCUGUGUGAAACGUUCCGCUCGCAUCUGGGCAUGGUGCGGACCGCUUUCCAGCUGCUGUAUGCCGUUGCGGUCGCCGACAUAAGACACUCGUUUUAUGGCGCUAUGAGACGAUGCAGCAGCAUGGAGCAGAUCCGUUCGCUUGCCGUGUAUGUGGGCGAUAUGGAAGAGCUGGAGCGGCGGCAGAGCGCUUGCUACAGGCAGGUGCGGGCGUACUUUGAAGAAGCGAACGACACGUUUGCGGAGCUGGCGAGGGAAGCGAUCGGCCAGACGCCCCAAUUUCGGCUGCUGCAGGACCAGCUCGCUGUGAAGCGGAGCAUCGUGAACGUGCUGGGCAAACACAUUGAAGAAAACGAUGGUUUUGGGUACGCGGAGCUAAGGAGAGCGUGCUUUGUCGGGGACAGUUUGGAUGCGAUCCGGCGCAUGCUCGACUGGAAGCUGACGAUGACGUGGGCGAACAAAUUCUACCGCGAGGUGCGCUCCUCCUGGCACAGCAAUCACGUGGAGUCGGUCACGAUCGAGUGGAUGGAGAAGCGACUGCUCCAGUACAAUCCAUCCGUCAUUGCGGGCAUCCUGAAGAAUGGUUCCAUCUCGAUGGACUGUGCGGAAGAGUUCGAUUACGUCGAGCACACGCGAAAGCUACUGGAGCAGCUCGGUAUGGAGGCGGGCACGAUCGGCGAGGAAGCGUUACAGCAGCUGAACAAGCGCCUCAAACCGUACUACAACAACAUGUUCUUCGUGGACAACAAGUGGAAGGUGCUGGAAUCGUUCUGCAAGGAGCGGAAGCUCGUUUGGAGUAAAGAACUCACGCGAACGUUGGUGAGGAAAGAUCAGGAAGAGCUGCAGCAGCUGUACGACGAACGUCGUGAAGAGUUGCGGCAACUGCUCAAGGCGAACGAGCUGCACACGCUGGACGGGUUGACCAGGCGGCUGUUUGAGCUACCGACCGCCAUGCUGGUUGCGAUCGAGUACAUGCAGCUGGAGCUGUGCGAGAUGCUGUACGCGGUCGGGUACUUUGGGGACAGCUUCCACUACGUCAAGCAUCGCGUGCCGAUGAUACAGGGCAAGAAUUAUCGCAAUUUCCUGGCGCACGACGCACUUUCGUACAAUCUGCUCACGGACAGCUCGAUGGAGAAGAUCGUGGUGAAUGCGUUCGUGUUUGCCAACCGGAAGGUGCGCCUGUUUGGCGGAGGGGCUGGUGCGGGGAAGGCGGCUAAUUUUUCCUUUCCAACGGAGGAUAAAAUCAACGAGUGGGUUGCGGUGCAGAAACGUCUCUUGGAAGCAUUUCGCGCUGGCGAUAUUGAGCGGAUGCACGCGAUCCGGAUCGCCGGUGGAGAGAUUCGAAAGGCUCGGUUUUGUUGCUCCCGUAACCCUGCCUUUCUGGCGGCGGAUUACUUCGAGCUUUCGGAGCUGCUGAAUCCUUGCCGUGUUGCGCAACGGAUGGUACAGUAUGUGGGUCAAUUUUUCGCAAUGAUCCAAGAUCGCUGCAACGAUGCUGACCAUCAGCUAGCGAUGGCACUGAAGUUGCGCGACUUUCAGUCGGCUUAUGAUCGUACGAUCGCUACCGGCGAUCGUGUGAUUCGGGAAGAGCUGUUCGGCUGGCCCGAGCUGAUGGAGCGCGUGCGCCAAACUGAUCUCUUCGUACAUCUCGUUGCCGUCGUUAAUAGGGGCCCCAUUUUGCAGAAGCUGAUCGAGCACGGCAAUGAACGUGGCGUGCGCGAGCUGCUGCCCUACUUUGAGCACUUUAACGCGACGGAAUCCCGCGGUCCGCUCGGCGAUGCGAUGCUGUACUGUGGGCGUGCGAUCACGGAUUUGCUACUACCGCGCACCACCGUACCGCAUCCGGCCGUCAUUCUGCUCGCCAUCAUGCUGCACUGGAACGACAUCUUUGCGGGCAUGAUGGGCAGGGCUGAGAUAGAUCCCUCGACGUACACGUUUCUGCUGAAAACGGCCGCACAGGCGAGUAACUACACUGCUGGGGUUUAUUUGCUUGAAACGCCCUCGUUUUCACACUUCAUUCCCGCUGCCUUUGAACAGGGCUGUCUGGCCGCGGUUCGACAGGGAGAGGUGGCUCUGUUGAAGCAUUUACUUGCACGCUGUCCAACGAAGGCCAGUACCAGUCUGGCUAAGAUCCUGCACGAAGCAGCACGCCGGAAGCGGUGGAACUGUGUUAAAGUGCUGCUCGAAGAGAACGCACCCAUCGAUACACUCUUCCCGGAUGGGGUGCGCGAAGAGCGCUGCGCCUUUUUAUUGCUGGUAAAGCACGGCCAGUACAACCUGUUGCGCAACAUCGGCACGAUCCAGCGCGACAUGUUCGGUACGGUUGCACUAGAUCCCUUUACGGUGGCGAUACGCAACGGGACGGCAACGGACAAAAUGAUUCGAGCACUGCAACGACUUGGGUUCGAUUGGCUCGACAACUCAUCCACCCUGCACGAAGCGAUAAGAAGCAAAAAUAUGCCAAUCUUGGAAACGAUCCUUAAAAAAGUUGACGUGGCCUGUACCCUACAACAGCCCGCCAUCCAUCACGAUCACUUCCGGCUGGCGCUCGCGGUGCUUUAUCGCUGGAAAAUGAUCGCUUUUGUGGAGGAAUCGAAAACGUACGAAACGUCACUGUUUCGGGCGGUACAAAACAGGGACAAAGCGAUGGUAGAGACAUUGCUGGCGUGGGGCCGGAAGGCACGCACGCUGCCAGAGGAGUUUGCCGGUGUGCUAGGGGGCAUUGUGUUUGAACGGGACUCUGUGUAUAUCCGGUCGGGGAAGAGAUGUGAAGAGCAACCGCUUUGGAAUGCGGGGGACAGCUGCGAGGAGAUGAUCGUUUGCAUGGAAUCGUGCGCUGUGCUGGAGGGUAUGACAUGGCAAGAGGUGACGGUGAAGACGCCAGCUGUAACGGUUACGUUCCACGUGCUAAUGGGAGAGGAUGAAGUUUUGAAGGUUGAAGACACCUCCUUCGCACUAACCAACCCAGAUUCGUUGCUAGACUGUUUAAAGGACUUCCAAACCUUUGCAAACAGCAAACUCAAUGAAUAUGGCAUCAUUUACGCUUCGUUUUCCACCCCCAAAGCCACCAAGCACUUCUGGCAGAUUGAGCAAACGAAUUGUGCGUACGAUAUCCUUCCCGCUAGCAUCGAUCACCCCAUCGAUCUAACGGAAACGGUUAAUUAUAGGGACAAGGGGGGUGAAACACCGCUCCAUCACUGCUUUCCGCGCGAUACGCUCGAGCUCGUGACGCUGCUGGUGGAAAAUGGUGCCAAUCCGCUGCUCGCGGAUAAGAGCGGCAUGGCGGCCAUCCACGUGUCGCUGCUCAACUCGCAAGACUACGCGGUCGGACGGUACCUCUACGAUCAGUGUGUUGCGCGCGAGCUGCGCAACGAGCAGGGCCAGUCCGUGCUACAGCUGGACGAUGGGAACGGUGCGAACCGGCUGAUUCAUACGGCCGUGAUGGUCGGACGGCGUGAUAUUAUCGCACGAUUGCUACGGCACGGUGCCGACGUGUCGGUGGUGAACAGUUACGGCGUAACGCCGGCCCAGCUUGCCGCCGGAACGUGCCUGUACCGGGCGGACCGGGUCGUCGGCAUGCUGCUCGAGCACGAUGCCACCGCGAUCGAUGCGAUCGAUGGGAAGGGUUUGACGCUGGUACAGUACGCGGCAAGGACGAGCUCGGUCCAGCUGUUGCGCGUGGUGUUACGGUACAAACCGAACUUACGGCACACCGCAAACGACGGUCUGACGGUCCUCGGAACGGCAAUAAUCCUGCGGAACGUUGAGAUUGCGAAGUGUUUGCUCAAGUAUGCGAUCGAAAAUGACAUCAGAGGGUUGACACGGAUCGGGGAGGAAGAUUUGGUAGUGCUUUCGUUGAUCUGUGACGAUCGGGAGCUUUCGCAGGGGCUGCUCGAGUACGAGCUGCAGCACACGCUGGCGGAGGUGGACGAGCGUGAUCUGCCCCGGUUGCGGUCGGUGCUGGACUGUACACUGCCCGGGAUGGAGGGUGUGUCGGUAGCGCAGGUGAUACAGAUGCAGGGGUAUGGUGAGUCGCAGUGCUUCCUGGAGGAGCUGCUGGUGAUCGUUACCUCGUUUGCUGAUCAGUAGGUUGGGUAUACGAAUUUAAAAGGUGUAACACAACUUUUUUUCUCAAAUCUGGGGAGGUUUAUACGAAUAGAUCUAAUCUUUCACUCAAGUAUGAGAGAUCUGAGCCCUUUAAGGCUCAAACACGCAUUGUGUAGGACAUUUAGAUAGCAUUUAUCAAUUUUUAGGAUUUGUUAUGAAAAAGAAUCUGAGAAGAAAGCCGUUGCAGAAUUAAAAACAUAUUUGAAUUGCCUUUAGAAAAAGACUGUAAUAAGCAAUUGAUGCAGGGAUAUAUUAAAUACAGGCGGUCCCCGAGAUACACGGUUAAUGGGGACCGAAAACGGCCGCAAAAUACCGCGUAUCUCGAAUUUCCGCGUAAGUCGAAUCUCGUGAUUUCCAGCUAAAAUAUCACUAAUUUUCGUGUAAUUUUGCAAGUAAGGGGUGGUUUUAGUCACUUUAUGAAUUAUUUGAUAUUAUUCUGACUGAAUAUAACUGUUUUAAACCUUUUUAAAUAGUUUUUAACAUCCGAUCAAAACGGAAAUUAUUUGGCAAUUUGCAAUUAAUGUGUCAAAUCAGUACAAUUUGCUCAAAGAAUUGUCAAAUUUAGAAAACCGCGUAUCUCCGAAUCCGCGUAUAAGAGGUACCGUGUAUCUCGGGGACCGCCUGUAAAUGUUUUAAUCAAUUUUUGUUUAUCAAUUUGGAUAUUUGAAUUUUAGAGAGCGAAUUUUCGCAAAUAAAAUAGACAUUAAAUAAGCUCAAUCAAUUUGCAAUAAAAAUACGAAACAAAAAAAAAUGCAAAAAUAAACAAACAAAAAAUGAAAAUAAUGUUGCAAAAUAUAACAAAAUUAUUUAACAGUGAUAGUACACAUUUCCAAAUAAGUUGCAUUUAAUUUCAGCGGAGCCAAUGAAAUGGAAAACGAAAAACCUACCACAACGGAUAAAGCUGGGACCUCUACUGUUGGAUUUUGGCUAAAACUGACGAAUCCUUGUUAGUCAUAUUCGAGGGGAAAAUGUUCAGAAUGAUGUUUGAUAUGUAUGUUUCGAAGGACUAUGGAGGAGCUGAUAGAACGACAAGCUAUACCGCUCUUAUAUAUGUGCUCUUUGGAGCCCAUCCACGACUCCGAUACCGACUCCGGUCAAAUCCGAACCACUAGUUCCGCCCGGAGUCGGAGUCAUCCAAAGAAGUGGUGAGAGCUCGGAAUCGGACCUACCCGAUUCUGAUUCCGUGCUCGGAAUCAAAUCCAGAGCGAAUUCCGAUUCGGGAGUUGACUCAGGAGUUUAUUAGCCCCGGUUAUGGAAUAAGGAAUGACUCCAGAAAUGAAAUUCCGACCUCCGGAAUGAGAAUCAGUUAUUGAAUUGAAAUUAUAAGCUUCAGAAGCGAAAUCGGUCCCGGAAUCUCCAUGAGAAUCGUUUACAAAUAAAUCUUAAUUCAUUGUUUUUGAUUUUGAUUCUCCAAACGCCUAUUCUUAUGGAGAUGCCGAAACCGACUCCGUUUCGAAGCCAAUUCUGAUUUCCAUGCCAAUUCCGAUUCAGGAUUCGAUUCCGAUUCUGAUUUCCAAGUCAAUUCCGAUUGAGGAUUCGAUUCCGAUUCCGAAUCCGAAACCAAUUCCGCAGCAAAUGCCGAUUCCGGAUCUACUAUCCAGAAUCAAUUCCAGUAAACUUCGGAAGUAGUCCAAAUUGAUUCCGACAAAAGCUUCAUUUUUCCCAUCACUAGUCCGAAGUCGUUCGAAGUCAAAGUCGUCCGGAGUCGACCAGAGUCGGUCGGAGUUAACAGGAGCCAUCCGGUGUAAUGUGCUUGUGACCAGGCAUUUCAUUUUGUCGUGUGUGUCGUGUCUUUCACGUUGUACGUGCACUUCAUACACAGGCCUUUGUUUCCGGACCGAUUCCGGACAUCUCCCGAGGACUUCGUAAUACUCCGAACAACUCCAAACGACUCCGGAUAAUGCUGGACGGACCUAUCUUCCGAAAUUAUCGGAGUAGGACCGGAGUCGACUCCAGUUUUUUGCCAACUUUACUCAUCACCAUACCCUAGGAGCGAACUACAGGCAUGGAAUCGGAAGACCUAAAAGCAAAUAUAGGUGGCAAAAUAGCAUGGAGGCGCCCGCCUUAAGACCGGAAUAAUGUAUUGGUAUACUAAGUUCCGUGUAAAUGAGCGGUUUCCGACAUUUUUGGAGCUGUCCAAGACCGGUUGUAACGCCGAAUAAGCAAAAAACGAAGAAGAAAUGAAACCGAGAGCCCACGAAAAGGGCAAUUAAAUAAAACAUUUUCAGAAAGAAUAAUCUGCCUGUUUAAGGUAAAUGGAGAGGAAAAAUAAAUAUAUUCAUAAAUUCCGCAAAUUUUCAUAAGUAAAAGCAUGCCAAUUCAAUGAGUCAAGAUCACAGAAGAGUCGGUUCCUGUGGCAACGAAAGAUCGAAGCCUUUACAUGUUAACCGUUUGAGGCUAAACGACCAUUUCACACCACUAGUGUAGCCACUGGACUUGUUAUGAAAAAUCUUCCUUCUGUCCGUCCCUAAGGACGGUGGCAGUAUGGCAAUUAAAAGUUAGUAAAAUUAAAAGAGCUUGUUGCAAAGCACAACAUGGUACAAUCCAAGCAACCAGGUUAAACAUCACAGCGUGUUUAGUGUGUAAAUUUCCACCUGAUGGCAAUACGGUGCUGCUGCUGACACUUCACAUGCACGAAUAAAACGGACUUUUUCAAACCAAAAACAACAACAACAACCCUCGACACCGGCCGGUACCGAAACCAAUGGACGAAUUAGCGUAAUUUCUCACUGUAAAACACGCACACACACACACACACAACACAGGAAGAGUCCAAUUUGUUUUCCACUCUCAACGACAGCGCGAUGUUGGUUCGCUGUCGUCCACAGUAGUAGCAAGUAACUUAUAUUCUGACCACACCACCAUCGUUUCAAUCUUUCAUCCACAGAGUUGUGUUGUUUUCUUUUCUCUCCCGCGCACGGAAUACAAGAAAAAAAUGGAUUUU